CGGCUUGCAUUCGCUCGUUCCUUUACUUUCUCUCUUCAUCUGCAUCACAGAGCACCAAGUCUACCCCAUCGAUUACCAUUGCUGUUCUCUAGAAAAAUGUCUGCAGCAGCGAGCCUCGGAAAAUUGCAGGCCCCUCUCCGCGAUCUCGUCAUCGGGGCGACCGAGGAUGGAGGUCAGGACUUUGGCAAGUCCGAGAAGGAAAAGGCAGACAUCGCUGAGUGGAUCGACAAGGUCGCGCAGGGAGAUAUCACCAGAGCGGAAAAUUUGAAGGAACUCGAUGCGCAACUUGUCCCUCGCACCUAUGUAGUUAGCAACUACUUUACCGCCGCAGACGCAGCACUUUACGGAGCGCUUCAUUCCACCUUCUCUCAAUUGCAGCCGCCACAGUACUUCUCCCACCCAGCCCUCACCCGCUACUUCGAUCAUAUCCAAUCCCGUCCCUCUGUCCGCAAAUCUGCGGAGAAACUAUCUCCUGCCUUCUCUCUUGUCUCUAUAGACUUUACCAACGCACCCACCAUCGAACGAAAAGCCCCCGAACCCAAGAAAAAGGACAAGGCCGCCAAAGCAGCUGCAGCUGCACCCACGGAGGCGGCUGCGACAGGUUCGACGAGCAAGCCGGAGACCGCUGAAACUGAGCAGGGUAAGGCGCCCAAGAAGGAAAAGAAGGAGAAAGAAAAGAAAGAGGGAGGCGCGCAGGCGAAGGCGAAAGACGGAGAAGGUAAGAAGAAGGAGAAAGGCGGAGGAAAGGCGGCAGCACCUGCUGAAGAUGCUGGUGAACCUGUUCCUUCUAUGAUCGAUUUACGGGUGGGACAUAUUGUCGAUGUCAAGAAGCAUCCCGAUGCCGACGGUCUCUACGUCGAGCAAAUCGACUUUGGCGAAGAGACCGGCCCCCGAACCGUAGUUUCAGGUCUCGUUAACUACGUCCCCAUCGAGAAGAUGCAGGACAAAUGGCUCGUCGGCGUCUGCAACCUUAAACCCGCAAACAUGCGCGGUGUCAAAAGUUUCGCCAUGGUUCUCUGCGCGACCUCAAAAGACGGCAAAGAAGCUGGCAUCGAGCUCAUUGACCCACCGCCGAACUCUAAGCCAGGAGAGAGGAUCUACUUCGAGGGUGCCGACUUCGAGAACGCUACUCCCCUUUCGCAACUCAACCCGAAGAAAAAGAUCUUCGAAACGAUUCAACCAGGCUUCAUCACGCUCGACUCACGAGAAGCCGCAUGGGUGAACCCCACAACGAAGAGUGUUCAUCGGAUCCGGACGAAAGACGCAGUGUGCACGGCGCCUUCGCUUGUGGGCGCUUCUCUAUCGUAGGGAAACUGUGUUUAUAUCCGUGUAGAAAUGAAAGCAACCUCGAUGUAUCAAUGGUAUCCCUCUGGAAAGAAGCUCGAAU